AUGGACCAAGAGCCACGACGAUUCAUUUCCUUUGUAGAAUACUGGCGUGAACACACCACAAAUUUUUUUCGUGGUGACGACUACACGGUGGAGGACUUGUCGAAAAUAGCGCACAGAGGAAGGGUCUUGAAGCGAUUAUUGGCUCAAUCCAGUAUUGAACUUCCUCGAGGUUCUGCAAUGGAAGAAGGUACUAGCUCAGGCGGAAAUGAGCGUGUAGUGUUCGUUAAAAGGCCAGGAGAGAACUCACCACCAUCGGUGGACUGCUUUCAUUGCGAAAGCUGCCACGACCCCACAGCUUCCGAUUUGGGACCUGGUCAGUGUCUCGUGCGUACACUGUAUCUCUCCGUUGAUCCGGCACAGAGAUGUCGCAUGAAUUCGUCUACUGGAGUGGACUACCUUGCACCUUACGAGCCUGGCGAGUUGGUAGAUGGCAUGGAGGGUGUUGGCGUUGUUGAGAUUGUUGGUGAAAACAGCGCUCUCAUGUCUGGUGAUAUCGUCACAUCAUGUGCUCACUUAUGGCCGUGGACAAAAAGAUUUAUUGCGGAUUGCAGUGAUUUGGUGAAGGCAGCGAUUGACAGAUCUCGACCGCAAACCAUAGUAAUAUCAGGUGCUGCUGGCAGCUGCGGUACUUUAGCAGGCCAGAUCGCUCGACUUGAGGGUUGCACCCGUGUUAUCGGAAUCUGUGGUACUGAGGAAAAGUGCAGAAUUCUGGUCUCCGAGUUUGGAUUCGAUGGAGCUAUAAAUUAUCGAGCGGAAGCAAUAUCCGAUGCCCUUUCUUCUUUAGCCCCUGACGGUGUCGAUAUCUAUUUUGAUAACGUUGGAGGAUUCAUCAGUGAUGCUGUGAUCCAGAAUAUGAACAAUGGAGGUCGCAUAGUUUUAUGUGGUCAGAUUGCCGUUUACAACACUGAUUUACCUUAUCCUCCACCAAUUCCUUCACAGACCGCAGAGAUAAUUCGCUUGAAAAAUAUCCAAAGAGAGCGGUUCUUAGUGUUGUCGUAUAAGGAUGAAAUGGAUGCUGCAGUGGCUCAGCUAUCGCACUGGCUGCAGGAGAACAAACUGAAGGUGAAGGAAACGAUUUAUGAGGGUCUGUCGAAGGCACCACAAGCUUUUGUUGACAUGAUGGCAGGAAAAAAUAUUGGCAAGAUGAUUGUGAAGGUAUGA